AUGGAGAAUUGUCUUCAAAUGGAGGUUGCAAAGGUUAGCAUGCUUAACGAUCUUAAUAAAUACUCAAACAACUAUUCGAUUAGAGUGAAGAUUGUUAGCAUUUCGAAGAAGAUGAUGAAUGAUAACAAAAAUGAAAUAUAUCGUCUUGAUAUGAUCUUCAUGGAUGAGAUGGGAACUAUGAUACAAGCUAGCUGUCUGCAUAAGAUGCUAGGAAAAUUCAAAGACUUCCUUCAGUUGGAUGAAUGUCUUCUUAUCACCAAACCGUCUCUUGCUACUAAUAAGUCCUCUGCUAAGUAUACCAAGAGAAAUGACAAAAUAUCACUGUAUUUCUAUACUUCUGUUAAGAAAUGCCUUGACUGGUCUGGACCGAAAUACCGUUUUAAUUUCGUUAACCUCAAGGAUGUUGUUAAAAAUAAAAUUGAAGUUAAUACAGUUAUUGAUUGGAUUGGUUAUGUGGAUAUAUGUUUCAAUCUAGAGGAUAUAUCAAAGAAGGAUGGGAGCAAGGGCAAGAGACUUAAUCUUAGACUUGAAGACCUUGAAGGCCAAAAGUGUCCGGUUACUUUGUGGGAUGGUUUUGCUAUUGACAUGUUUGCUUACAUGAAUGAUAAGAAACAAGAGAAAUAUGUUGUUAUCCUUUGUCAUUUUGGUAUGGUCAACCUUUACAAAGAGAAAAUUUCUGCUUCAUCUUCAUUAAAUGAGCAUGUUGGUUCAAACGUUAUCUCAAGUGUUGAAGAUGAGUUUCUUAAUAACCAUGAUUUCAUGCUUAUUGGUUUCCUUGGAACCAUAUCAACAACAAAGAAGGUUUUGGUUAUUGGCACAAUCACAGCUAUAUGCACUGAUAAACUUUGGUUCAAGAUACCUAUUAGGGUUCAAGAUUCUUCCGGUACUGUGUCAUUGACACUGUUUGAUUUUGAAGCUUACAAGAUUCUUAAGAAAACUGCCAAAGAGUUACUUUCAAUCCAAGAUCAGGUUGUUAAUUCUGGAGAGAUACCGAACCCAUAUCCUGAGAUCUUUGACACAUUGAUCGGAAAGAGGUAUGCGUUCAUCAUAAGUGUUAAAGACUAUAACAUUGAGCAUCAGGUUGAAAACUAUGGUAUUUCAAUGGCCACUAACGAUGAUGAGAUCCUUGCCGCGCUCUGCGCCAAAUUCAAUCUUAACCAGCAUGAGCAGUCCGAAUCGUUGGAGGUUCCAAAUUCCUGCAGUUUGUCUACUCCUGUUGACCUUAUGAAGGAUGAGAUGUCAUGCUGUGGUGACAAUGUUACACUGCAUCCCAAGCACUUGUAG